AUGGGCUUUCUUAAGCGCUUCUUUUCUCUCCGUCAUAAGCAAAAGAGUGCUCGUUCCGACUGUCGUCAAGAUUCGGCCGCAACACCUGAAACCAAGCAGCAAAGGAACGAGACGCUUGACAUCAGCAGUGGCUCUCGCCACUUGGACGUUCAUGCCGCUUUUCGCUCGGCGGACAAGCCUAGGAAGAAGAGCGAGGAUCAAGAUGCCGAUGCCGCUGUGUCACGUUUAUUGCGCUCGUCGUCUGCUCGCUAUAAUGUAGUGAAGCAAACUGACGUCGCCGAUCUGCCCCCACUUCCCCACCCCAUCAACACCGUAUCAUCACGCUCGACGUCCGCUCUUACCAUUACGCCGUCCAAUACGGUCAGCCUGAAAGCCAGGGGCUCGUAUCGUGUCACGGUACAUAAACGACAACAACUAUCCACGACAGUCUUUCCGAAUGCCUACCCACCACUUACGCCACGUCGCCCAGGCAUUGCGCAUACCAGCACACCUAAUCUUCUUGCAACAUGCUCCGUCUCUGACAAUCCCACCGCAGUCGCUGCAUCAACCUCAACCUCCGCCCUUGUCGACCCACGAAAAAUUUCGUUCACACCACGCGAUGCCAAUAGGCUGAGUUGCCUGCGACAGGAUCCUUCUGUAGUCAGUUUAGUAAACAUGUAUGAUGACCAUGGUCAGCUAGCGGAGAACGCUUUUGCUAAUACACCAGCGGUGCCUCGGAGGAAGAUUAAAUUGAGGAAAAGCCGCAGGAAAAGCACGUUCACUGAGCUGCUCGGAUGCGAAGGAUCCGCUGAAGCGGAUCUCUUGUGGGCAGAGUCGUGUAUCGCCCAACUAGGUGCUAUAGCUAGUAACAACAGCGCGAGUAAUGCCAGUUCGACUAGUCUUUCAUCGGCUUCAUUACCAGCUCUCGACUCACCCGCGACGUCAACGUUCCAUGACGCCGAGCUCGAUAGUGCUCUUCGUACUCCUCAGCGACCGGCCGCGAGAGAUCCGAGUGGAUCUGACACUGCAGACAGAGGGAAAGGAGACGGAUUCUCAUCUCUAGUUGUUGAGCUCAGUACUGCAACCAGCCCAGGGUCCACAGCUACUGGUGAUCAGUCUGCUCUGUAUCUUGGCCCUCACAAGCAUCUGCAGCAAGAUAAGGGGAAAGGAAAAGAGACAUUACAAUGGCCAUCGUCGGAUGAAAAUAAGGGAGAGAAACGACAGAGGACCUUGACGAAUGGAAGUGACUCGUUGGACAGCCAAGGAGAACGUACGUUGGGAAGUAGAGUCGGCCGACGGCCGUCGCACCGUGCGUCGCAAGUAUUCAAGUUCAUUGACGAGAGGCGUGAGCGAUGCAAGUCACAGGAGCUUUUACAAGGUUCUGAUCUGACAGCAUCGGGUUUGGUUGACGAGUUUGCUCGCUCAGAUGCUGGUAAACUGUCGUCUGCUGCUACUUCUUUAGCUAGCAAGACGAAUAGUAUAUCGCGAGCGAGAUCAUCUGCACUCGUGAACCUGACUGGCAGCGUGAAGAGCAAUUUCGGAGCUCGCUUAUCGUAUCAACCAAAGACAGCACGCACUUCAUUGGAUGCUGAGCCGGCGCCUGCACCACCCUCGGCUAUAACACACCGUCCACUUUGUCCUAUUCCACGCCAGCAUUCACGCAGUACGAGUAACUGCAGUCAAACAAGGGGCGUAGAGCCACUUCUACCAGUGACUUCUACCUCCGUUGCUUCUAAAGCGUCGCAUGCGUCUGGCUUGUCGGGACUAAAGUCUGCGAAGGGGAGUACAAUGGCAUUAGGUCAUUCAUACGAUGGGCGCGAGAGACAGAAAGGAGGGCGGAAAGCAGAGACAAUGCGUGUACGAGAUGUACGGGUAGAUGUGGAUGUGCUCCCACAGACGUCAACACCGCAUCCUUCUAGGAUUGCAAGAGCUAAAAAGGCCUUGAAAGUUAGUUUCGAACCUCGUGGCCGUAGUAAUGGAAGAGCCACGCUCGGUGAAAUGACUGGUCGAUCCAAUCGCGACUCCUUUGAGAUGCAACACGAUGCGUUCGUGGCUAGUUUGGAAAUUCAAUCUCAACAACUAUCAGUGCCUAGACGUGAGAAGGAGAACACUAUUCGCAGUGGGACUACUUCGAGGCGAAGAGGUCCGCCGUUGGACCUCGGUUUAGCGCGCGCUGCAUCGACAACGCUCUCCCGAGCUUUUACUUCGAAGUAUGCACGUGCACAACGCGAUGACCCACGAACCCCUACCCGUAGCCAGUCCCUUCGCGCAGCUGAUUAUCUGUCAGCUGGAUCUUCCUCUGAGCUGUCACCUGCUACGACACAGCUGAUGGCGGAUUUGCGAGCGCGAAGGACGAUUGCACGAACGCGUGCGGACGUCGCAUAGAGGACCUCUUUCUCACUUCUCUAGACGCUUCUCUAGACUCUUCUCUUGUAUGCUAGUCGGAAGGGCACUUUUCACCCCAUUUCCUUUGUCUGUUGUUCCCGAGGAUCCCGGAAAGAUCUAGAGGACAACAGCUUCAUGGACAUACGAGCGCGCUUUGCAUGACUUGAAGACCGUACUGUUUAUGUACAUACAUUAGUGUACUGCUUGUGUUUCCGUCAAUGCUUUGUGCUCUCCGACUUGCUCUCCUACUGGUUUCGUCUAUCUUCUGUCUCUGUUCCCAAAUUCCUCUUUCUUUGCUUUCGCUGAGCUUUCGAGCUUCACCGAGCCAAGGUUUUUGUUCAUAUACAGUUCGUUUUCUCUGCAUCGUUCCUCCCUUCUCAACAAUUUGCUUAUUUAUUGCCUUCUCAUACAGCGCAUUAAAAUGAUCCUUUCUUCACAGAUCCUAGUUCCCCUUCUCAUUCCGUUCAUUUUGUAUUCCCGGUCUGGUUUCACUCGGUAAUUUCCUUGACAGCAGCUCUAGUCCCUUGUUCACUUCAACACACCCUUUCCUUUGUCUGCAUCCCACGAUUGCAUGUGCAUUGGUCUUCACUCCUCGUCGGCUCUUAUAUGUGUUGACGUCAACCAGAAGUACCGUACUCCCAACUUUACACCUUCC